GCAUUGGACAAUGCUUGGAAACUAAGGACUUUCUAUAUUUGAGUACAAACUUAUAACGGAAGUGUCGCCAAAUUGCUGGAAAAACUGGAAUAUUUUGUUCAAUUCGCUACGCUGUAUUCGUGUUUUAGUUUAUAUUCCGCUUAUUUAAGAAAAUGUCCAAGCAUAUCGUAUUCAUUUAAGAAAUCUCUAAAGCGAAAGUAUAACUAGUACAAGUUCUUUUGUUCGGUAACCACUCUGAGAACUCUUAGAACAAGAAUCUGCUUCUAAUAUUCGGAUGCAUCCUUCAGAGCAAUGGAGCUACCUCCCAAAUACAAUAUUAUUUACCAACCGGAUUUGAUAUAACUUCAUAAUUAUGGACUUGGUUAGACUUUCUUUAACGUCAAAAAUCAAAGUUUUUAGCUUAAACAGGAAAUUGAACGGAAAACUCAGGCCUCAGCAAUAAGCAUGAUUGGAUUUAAUGUUGAUGAUUAUGUGAAUAACGAAAAAUGGAAUCCACUGAACCGUUCCCCAGCAUUUUAGCGCGUCACCAUAAGUUGCGACAUGCCCGCAAAAUCAGAGGGCGCGCUUAAUAUGCACAUCCCACUCCAGAAAUGUAACGCUUUACAUGCAUACAUACAACAACAACUACUACACCAAAUGGCAGAAACAUGCUUAAAAUGUGAAAUCGGUAUCGCAAGCAACAACAAUAACAAAAGCAAAACUUCAAAGCACUCAACAAAACCGUUACAAGGGGAGAGUUCAUGAGGCGCGCGAUAUGCUGUUGCGGUGACUGUAGCUGUGUGCAUGGGGUGGGGGUAGGUUGGAACGGAGGCUGAUAACUUUCUUACAAAAAUUGCGCAUCCAGUGGAGGGUUUGUCGGUGGGAAAGCGUAAAAUUCAUAAUCGAAAAAGUCACAAAAAAGAACGUUACUUAAAAUGUGGCUGCAAAGCGACGCAUUGACUUUUCGAUGCUUGCAGGCAAAUAUAAUUACGACGAUAUACCAACACACAAAUGUAUACAGCAACAACAAUGUGAAAAUUCUAAAGCAGAUACAUUUAUGUACAUAUAUGUAUGUAUAAGCGUAGAGCAAAGUAAUAAAUUUUAUUUCGCAAAGCGUGAAAGCAACUCCAAGUCGAGGCAGCUAAAAACAGGAAGGAGCGCAGCAGCCAUUGCUGAAAAAAUCAUCCCCGACAUUUGGCACUUAUUAUUGGUGUGUCCCUGUGUGACAGUGUGCGUGCACGCUUGUCUGCGAAUUGACAGAGGGCAUGCAGCCAACGACCAGUUAAACAGACAGACAGGCAAACUGGCAGCCAUGCGGUCCUUGCAACUCCUGCCACUCACACCGAUCGAAGGCAAGUCAAGGCAAACUAAAUAGAAAUUGUGUGCAACUUUAAAUCGAAUCGAAAGAAAUAUGUCUUCACUUAAAAUUCCAUACCCACCACAUACUUAUUCUCGUCUUUUCCGUCCCUGGGAUACGACUCAACUUACAACACCACCAGCACCAGCAGCCGUACAAGAAGCUGAUCAGGCUCCAGCUCAUCCUCAAGAUGAACGCGUUGUUGUCAUCGGCGAGGAGGCGAAUAACCCCUCUGAAGCUGAAAAUCUGUCCGUUAGUGGUAAGAGCACACCAAUACCAACUGCAACGUCGGAAGCCAACAUUAAGGUGGAAUUUCUGAAAGUCGAGGAUGUCACCACAGAUAUGGAACAAUCUGAUUCGGACGAUGAGGAGCUCGAAGUGGCCGAUGAUGAUGGCAUGCAUACAAGCCGAACAUCUGAAUGCGCUUCCAGUCAAAGUAACUUCAGUCACCUCAGCGAAGACAACGAAUCCUUGGAACAUGAGCAACGCACGGCCGAAGGAAAUGGUUUUAUGAGCGAAUCCAGUCAAUUCCCAAACAUAGCCACCCGUCCACCUACUGAUCAUGUCUAUGGAAUGCAACUUCCUCGUCGCCAUACUAUGCCUUCGCUACAUUUUCCCGGUACAAGACACAAAUUUGAUGUGCAUCAAAAUCCAUUGCACUUGUUGCCACACAAUGUUAUGCCAACGAUUGUACCGACUCCCGCCACCAUGUGGAGUGCAGCGCCCACUUUUAGUCCUUCCAACCAUCUCACCUCUGCGCUAUCAUCCACCAAUAUACCCACAAAUACUAGUGCCGCGGUAGCGAUUGCUGCCGCUGCAUCAGCCCCCGGCUACGCGGGUAUGGACCCAUACGGGCUCGGCCUAGUGGAGCAGGAAUAUGUACGCAUUAUGGCUGAAGAGGCGCAUCUCAAAGCCAUCAAUGCGAGAAAACAACGCCCAAAAAAAUUUAAGUGUCCACACUGUGAUGUGGCUUUCUCCAAUAAUGGACAACUGAAGGGGCAUAUACGUAUACAUACCGGAGAACGCCCCUUCAAAUGUGAUGUAGAAUCUUGCGGCAAAACAUUUACGCGCAAUGAAGAGCUAACACGCCACAAGCGGAUACAUACCGGACUGCGACCUUAUCCGUGUUCCGCUUGCGGUAAGAAAUUCGGACGUCGCGACCAUCUGAAGAAACACAUGAAGACUCAUAUGCCGCAGGAACGUCAAAUGGGUUCUGCCAUCUUUGUGCCUAUGUUUCCUUACCUCUAUGGAUACUAAACGACCACAUGUACGAUUACUCUAAACAAAACGUGAAAAUUAAUAUGUCCUUCCUCAAUCACUUAAUCCCUUACUCCUACGCGACUAUCACGCUUCCUCCCCAACACCCACUUACACAAAACAGAACAUGACAUCCAAUAUACAUUUCCUUUAUGGGUCCUCAGUAAAUCGCGCAUUUUCCGAAAACUCAAAACAAAAUCCGUCAUCCAGUACAACCUACCUCUGCUAAGAGACCUCGUACCGAUUACGUAACAAUUGCAACUACACUAUAGCUUUUUGCAAUCAUCUACUCCGUAUUGUACCUGAACUCUGGAUGCAAUUUUAGAUAGAUAUACAUCCCAUAUGUAUAUACAACUUCAUAUAAAUACCAAAGAAUAUAGCAGGGAAAGCAGUCUGGACAAUUUUGUAAAUAAUAGCUGACAAAUUAGGUUUUUUCACGUCAAGUGAAUACGGUGAGCUACAAGUUCCAGACUGCACUCUUAUCGUCCUUCUCACGUCAAGUGAGUUGGGUGCAGUUGGUAUAGAAUAUGUAUAUAUCGUCACCUAAAAUGCAAAAUAACGUAACAUCACUUUUCAUAAGUUUAAAGGUGAAGGAAAACCGAUAUAAUAGAAACCACAAAUAUUGAAACAGAUAUUGAAACAAAAUUGGAGUUUUCUGAAUAAAAUGGUUAUUUGUUGUUUAUUAUAAUUGACAACGAUUUCCAGUUUUUUUGAUGAUACGUUAUGAUAUUUUGAAUUUAGGUGACGAUAUUCAAUAUAUAUAGACAUCUUUUUUUGACUUUAAAAGGACCUAACUAGAAAACUCAAUAUUUACAAAAGUCGAAAAUUAAUAUAUAUAUUUUAUAUAUGUAUAUAAUAUUUGUUUUAUAUAUAUAUUUACACUUAACGUUGUCAGUGUCAAUAGCAUAAACAAAGCACAGGUUUUGAAACUCUUGUUUACGCAUCCUAUACAAAUAUACAUCGGCACAAAUUUAUCUCAUAAAUCCACAUAUAUUGACAUUUACAUAUACUAUUUAGAUAAAGGAAUACCACAUACACCUCAAAUAUACAAUAGUAAAGUUUAAUAUACACUCGUUUCAAAAUCGCGCAAAGAAAAAGCGAAACAGUUCGAUUCAAAUACUCGUAACUCUAAGGCAAUCAUAUUAAUAUUAAUUUUAUACCUUAGAUAAAUUUUAAUUAGGUAUACACGCUCAAUAUAUAUAAUAUGUAAGGCAAUGUAAGUAAGUAGAUAUAGAAUAUAUGUAUAUAAUAUUUUAUAUAACGUAAGUAUAAACAAAACCGUGUUUAUGAUUUAAGAGAUAAUUAUGUAAUUUAAAUUGAAACAUUUUUAAGUUUAUGCAAGUAUUUUUCAGUUUGAAAUGUUAAAUAUAAUAUAGUAUGAAAAAAAACGAAUGUAAAUAAAAAUAAUGUAUGUAUAAUGAUAAAAAUAAACGCUGAAGAAAAAA